AUGAAGGAAGAAGAUAUCCUCGCGCGCCAAUCCCGUCCGCAGAAGCACUCGAUCUGGGUCCCCAAAAACCGCGACUGGCGAUAUGCAACCGGCGUUUUCCAACACGAUGACAACGGAAACGCGCCCAACAAUCGGUCGGCGUGGGAUGAAAUGGACUAUGACUAUCAGGUCGCCGAGCCGGGCAAGAGUAGAAGCCGGAGUGGUAGUGGUCCAAGCGAUGGCAACGUCAAAGCAGUCGACGUAAACGCCGCGGUAUCGGUUACCCCAAAAAGCGCAAGGAAGAGAGCCCUAUCGAACAUCCCGAAAGCGACCGUAAAGGUCCGAGCAUUCAAGAGGAAGUCAAAAACUGCGAGGAAGAACGUAUGGAUGUCAGUAGCAAGGCGCCAGCGGAUCAACCAUGAUGAUGCAGAGGGCGAAAAGCCAGACUACCAGACCUAUAGCUUGACCGUCAGGCUGCGCUUUUCAGGCAGGCUCAUCAUAGAAGAUGCGCUUCCGACUGUAUCAACACCAGGCCCACUGCAUCUCCAACAGAUACCAGACACACCUGCGAACUUCAGCAUGCCCUUCGAUCCUCAUACCCCUGCCACAGCUCGUACCGCAGCCUCGCUCUACACACCGCACAUGUCGCAUUCGGGCGAAUCCGUACACACAUAUCCUCCCUUCCAGCGUCCAUGGGUAGACGAAACGAAAGACUUCAACAUGCGGGCAGUCCGUGGCGUUCUACAAAAGCCUGGGUUGGUUGGAAAAGACCUCGGAGUUCACUACACAUGGUACAACGACGCAGUCCCCGUAGACGCUUUGCUCCCCCCAGGAGUACCCUUAUCCGCGAAAGAAAUCAUGGCCUACUACCCCCAUCACGUGCGCUGGAAAAGCAUGAUGGUCCGACUAGCGAACAAUGACUAUCGCGGCGCGGAUAUCGUUGGUAUGCAGGCAUUUUUCCGUGGCCCCCCAACAACGGACAUCACAGCCGCAGUCAUGAACCAGUUCCAACGCGACUCAGUCAAGAAGAUCAUCGAGGGUUUCAAGACGGACACUAUCAAUGGGAAGCACGAUGCCAACCUACAUACCGACCAGCUGGAGCCAGGCAGAUACAUCGCGGACAGACGCAGCGGCUAUGUGUUGCCGACUUUCGGUGAUCUCCUUGGUGGACUGAACCAUCUACCGUCUGGGCUUGAUGCACGCAGCCUGACAGAGUGUCUGAGCUGGUAUCUCCAUGUCCGUGACUCUUUUACACCGAAACUAGAGUUCAACGUAUUGCAUACCCAAGCUUUGAUCCGUGCGCUUCGCAUCCCGCUCAAGCGUUAUGGACCGCAGAAUCUGGACUGUAAUGCACUCAAAGAGUGGAAAGAGAAGGGGAGAUUUGAGGAGCGGAAGGUGUACUACGAGCCGGCCAGACCUACGUCGAGAGAAACAGGAGAUACCGCGCAGAAGAGGUCGCAACUGCACAUGAACCUAGACAACCACGAAGUCAAGCUCGAGUAUCAACUCCAGAUCCGCCACGUCCUCACAUCCCCUUUCCUCGCCCUUCACCGCGUCAUGGGCGAAGCGCUCAAGCUGGGUAUCGAGAAAGCCGAGAACCGGAUGACUGAGCGGGUGACCGCAGAGGGGAAGAAGAUGUUGGAAGCCAAGUGGGCUGCCAGAGUAGCUGCCGAUGCGGAUCCGGAAAAACAGUCGGAGAACCUGGAAGUGCAACAACCACUUGUGAUGGCGGAGAAGGCCGAACCGAUCGUUCGAGGAGAAGAGAGCACUGAAAAGCCACAUCGCGUUCCCCGAACGAGCCUUACGGCUGAAGCACUGCGUACUCUCGCUCCGGCACCGAGGAGAACAUCUGCUUCGCAGCCACCCAAUGGUGGGCCACUUGGUCACCAUGCACCAACGGUACCAUCAACGCAAGCAUUUGGUAGACAGCCUCACGGAACGCCCGGACCCGUAUACUUCGACCGGGCUUGGGGUACACCAUCACCUUCUUCCGCAUAUGCGCCUCGCUCAGUGUAUGGAAGGAGGGAAUAUGAGUCGCCCAGGCAGACAGAUCAAAGGAAUGUGAUGCACCGUGGUGGAUGGGGAGAUAAUCGUGGUGGAUCAUAUCAUCCGAGAGAUCGGUAG